UGCUCUUAAACUCAGCACGGAAGAGAAAGACUCAAACGUUUCAGCUGUUGUCUUAUGCUGAAGCAAUUUUGAGCAUGUGGGACUAUCUACUCCUGAUUUCCAGCAUCUGUUCAGUUGUUGCUGGUUCUCCAAAAACAGUCACGGGAUACACAGGACACAGACUUGACAUCAGAUGCAGCUAUGAAGCUGGAUAUGAAUCAAACUCAAAGUAUUUCUGUAAAGGUGAGUGUAUCUAUGGAUUCAGAAACAUCAUGGUUGAAUCAGGAUCUCCAGCUAAAGACGAGAGAUUCUCUCUGACUGAUGACAAGAGCAGAAGAGUUUUCACCGUCAGCAUCAGUGACCUGAGACCAGAAGAUGAGGGACAAUACUGGUGUGUUGUGGAGAGGAGUUCCUUUGAUGUCUAUUCAGAGAUACUGCUGCAGGUCAAACGGGAUAAUAAGACCACUGAGGUUUCUACUGUCGGCUCUUUUUCAAUCACACCGUCAUAUUUCAGCACAACAGAACAGAAACAACACUCUACCAGCAUCACCAUCACAGAAAGAAGAGAGACCUCCACAGAUCAAAUCUUCUGGACAGGUUCCUUUGUGAUCGUGGUCUCUGCAGAGCUCCUGGUUUUACUCCUGGUAGGACUUCCACUGAUCGGAGCGGCUCUGUGGAGGAAGAAGAAGAAGAACAACGGUCUGCUGGCGUUUUCAGUCGUAGAGUUUAAUCCAGCGGUAUAUGAACAGAUGAAAGACGCUGGACGUCAUCCAGAGAACAGAGACACAGAAACAACUGUAGUUUACUGCUGGGACUCUACAGACAGUCAUCUUCAUCUAAACAUAUAAAAUGAUAUAAUAUAACACACAACUCAAACCACGUCACUCUGCAUUGUCCAUGAGUUCUUAUAUUAUUAUUAUUCUGUUCUUGUUGAAUGUCUGUUAAUGCAUCCUUUCUUGUUGAGCUCAGUGUUUGUGUUCAGUUUGAUCUGUUGUCUCCUGCUGGAAGAUGCUGGAAACCGAUGCAUCUCAGUAUCAGCUGCGGCGCAUCUCUAACACGCUUUGACUGUCGUGGCGUAUUGACGAACGGGACACGAAUAAGAAACCUCCCCAAGUUUAUACGCCAUCUUUUGUAAUUUAGCAUAUUUACAAUUGAAAUGUGGCGAAAAGCGUCGGUUUGAAAGUCUGUGAGAAAGGUGUCAGAUGGUGUAGUUAGGACAUCUACCAGCAGGGGUUAAAAUAGACCUCACUAACCAACUAAACCACCGCUUGACAACAGCUUCACUUCAGACUCCUCCCCAGAAACUCGCUCUGUCUUCAUGCUCGCUGAUGCAAUAGAGAUGUAUGGAAGUAUAAUACGUUGCUUCACUUUGGUCACUAUUAUAUCUUCACAUGAUCAGUUCAGUCUGGAGAGCGAUCAGACGCAGAAACCUUACCUGGACUUUAUGAAAGGGACUUGCUUUCUCAGUAUUUGUUCUAGAAGGUGAUUUGUGGAGCUGUUGUUUGUCGCUCGUGAAUCUGUCAGACUGAAGAAUGAGCGUCUCCGUGUUUCUACUGAUUCAGAAGAAAGACCAGGCCUGUCCAGAUCUCAAGCUCCAGCCUUCAACCAUUUCAAACGAUGUGAUGAUGUUCAGUAUUUUUUUUAAUAUAUUGCAAUAUUGUUUAUUGCUGAUGUCUAUUAUGUGUGUGUGUGUGUGUGUUAUAAUGUGCUGCAGUAAAUAUAUUUGAUAUACAUCUUUGGCCAUGGU